GAUUCAUCGUUUCAGUCGAGCACCGUGCUGCAGGAUGACGAGGCUCCUGGUAUCCGAAAGAAGCAAGAAUUCAGUCGUCGUCUUCUUAUAGUUUCAAGCUUGUUGGCGACAAAUACGUCCCAUUUUACUUUGAAGCCAAGAAUGAUUCCUGACAAUGACACAAUGACCUGUGGAUUCGUUAUGAAUGCAUCCAGCAGCCAUGACUCUUCAGCACUACGAGACAGCGGCCAUUGCUACCCCUUCAUCUGCCGUAGCCGUAGUCAAAACCGGCUGCUAGCAGAAGCCACCAGGUUCUAUGAGGCCGUGGAAGAAACUGAGCCUGUGGAAGAACCACGACGCGUCAAGGAGAUUGUAGAGGAAGGGGACAGUUCCUCUGAAGAAGAGGACGAAGGCGCUCCCGCAGCGGAAACAAAGGCAGCAAGUCAGAGACGAACCUCUCGAGUCAUUCAACUUGAGACUUGUCUCACGAACCUAGAGACUUGCUUCUCGGAAUCUGCCCAAACAACACCCAAGUCAAGCCAACAACAACCCUUCUCACAUCUGCUACCUCUGUCCAUUGAAGCACGCAUUCAAGGCGACAUUGCCUAUCGAGGGAUCUCUGCCAAUCCUCCCGAGAUUAUUCGAAGUGGAGUCAACCGUGGAAAUGUCGCCCAGAUUCACCGAAAAGCUUGGUUGGAAGUAAGUGAUUCGAAACACCGUUAUGGCAAGAAUCUUCGACUCUACUACCGACAUUGGGAAUCUUUGGGGUACCCCACCAACCAUUUCUUUGACUGGCUCGAUUCCAAUGGUGCUGCUGCUGGAAAACCUUUGCCCGAUCUUCCAGAAUGCCCCAGAUCCGUUCUUGACUCGGAUACUGUCCUCUACAUUAGGGAUCCCGAGGUUACGAGUCAAUAUGCAUUGGAGCUCGAACGUGACGAGACUGGAAAGUGCCGUGUCUCGCGACAGAGACAGCCGGUCACUACUGGACCCAAUGGCUGGAUUUUUGUGCUCCGAGACAGCGUCAUUUAUGGAGCCGAGAAGGUUAAGUCGGCUGCCACAGGACAGCGCUUUCACCAUUCAUCCUUCUUUGGAGGCAAAGCUGUGGCCGCGGCAGGGAUCUUCAUCACUGAUGCACAAGGCUACCUCGAGAUGCUCUAUCCUCAUUCCGGUCACUACCGCCCAGGGGAAGCGGACAUGCAACGAGUCUUGUACUUUCUGCAUCAGCAGGGCAUUGACUUGAAUUCAUUUCAAGUCGACACACAGCAGUUGAUCCGUGUUUGUCGACAGGAAGCCAAGGGCAGCAAGAAGGCAGGAGGAGCGGAUGACCGCAAGAAACGAAAGAAGACCGAGUCUCUGCAUUUGAAGCCAGCAGUGGACGUGGCUCACUACUUGUCUCAUAAGGCCAGGUUCAUCAGGGGAGGCGUGCGGUCCCAAAUUGAGAAUAAACGCUACAUCUCUUGCCACUGACUACUAGUGAAGGCGACGUAUUCAAGGGCUGUGCCGACCAGCCAGUGUUGCAGAAAUUGAAACAAGUCGAGUCUACUGCUGUCAAUAUAUAUAAACCUACAGGUUUGCAAGAAUCCCACCUUCAUGCUUCUGAGUUGUCAUUCAGGUCUUUUAGCAACGGUCAGCAGAGAGCGUCUCUGAAACUCUAGCUAUUAUGGGUUGAAGCUAGAUAGUUUGUAACGAAAUGGUACAUAUCUAGAGUUCCUCUUGAAAUGGA